AUGAGAGUUGGAGAAUGUGUUUGAGUUCCUGUCUCAUGAAAUUACAUUUAAAUGUAAAAUAAUCAUAUAAAAAUAAAUAUUUAUCAAGAAAUAACAUUACUGUUUGGUAGUUACUUUCUAUUUAAUUUGUUUCAUGUGAAUAUUGCCUAACUUAUUUUGUGCGUGCAAAUAAUAAUUUACCUUACAUUUAGAGGUUAUUGAAUUGGAUUUACUUCUCCCUGCCACAUGUGUCGUUGACAUGGCUCCAGAAACUUUAGAAGAAAAUUCUUCAGAAAACACUAAAUACAAAGAUGGUGUUAACAGAAAUGCCCGUCUGAUUGUCAGAAACAUUUCCUUUAAAGCAACCGAGGAAGCUUUAAAGAAACAUUUUGCGCAGUAUGGAACCAUUGAGGAGGUGAAAUUGUUGCGAAAACCUGAUGGAAAGCUGGUGGGAUGUGGUUUUGUGCAUUAUACACAUGUGCCCAUGGCAAAUAAAGCCAUAGCUGCUACUAAUAAAAAGCCUUUUAUGGAUCGUCCAAUACAAGUUGCAUGGGCGGUUCCAAAGAAUAGAUAUGCUGAACAAAUUACUCAUAAUGCAAAUAAAGAACGCAAGCAUUUUGACAGUGCUCCUUUAGAAGAUGAAAAGAAUAACAUGGAGAAAGCGAACCCUGAUUCCAAGCCAAUCAAAGGAGAAUCAAACAAAAUGAGAAUCAACCGCAACGCACGCCUUAUUGUACGUAAUGUUUCCUUCAAAGCGACAGAGGAGUCCCUUCGGGAGCAUUUCGAACCUUACGGCACUGUAUUAGAGGUGAAAUUAUUGAAGAAAGGAGACGGGAAGUUGGUUGGCUGCGCAUUUGUGCACUUCAAGAACGUACCGAUGGCAAAGAAGGCUCUUUUGAACACAAACAUGAAGCCAUAUUUAGGCCGUCCAAUUUCUGUGGACUGGGCUGUGGCCAAAGACAAGUAUAUGCAGCAUGUAGUGAACCAGCAAGUGGAGAUGCAGGAUGCUGUGAAGAAGGAGGAGUCUGACACCGAUGAAGAUGAUGCUAGCAAACCUAUAAACCUGUCGGGCGAGGACUUGAAGCAGGAAGUUAAAAGUGAAUCUGACGAUUCAGAUAAAGAAAGUGAUUCAGAGAAUGAGGAAUCUGAUGAUAACAGUGAUGACGAUGGUGAGGAAGAGGAUGAUGAUGAAGAAAAUGAUGUUGAUGAUGAUGACGAAGACAGACAAAGUGAGACCAGCACACAAGCAGGCAGACAACGCAUAAAACUGAACGAUGCAGAAGACGGUUGUACGGUGUUCAUAACGAACAUACCGUUCUCAGUGGACAAUGACCAGCUGAAGGUGUUCGCUGAACGAACUGGCCCCGUGAGGUAUGCGUUGGUCUGUGUGGACAAAAUGACGGAACACUCCAAGGGAUCUGGGUUCGUGAAGUUCACUACCAAAGAAGAUGCUGACAAAUUCCUCGCGUUACCACAAGACCAGCUCCGCCUGGAAGGUCAAGUCUUGAUGGUGAAGCCGGCGCUGAAGAGGGAGAACCUUUCCAGGGAGAAUAAGAAGCAACCCAAAGACAACAGGAACCUUUACCUGGUCAAGGAAGGAGUAAUCGUGGCGGGCACCAAGGCGGCGGUUGGCGUCUCAGCAUCAGAUAUGGCAAAACGGCUGGCCUUGGAGAGGAGCAAAACGCAGAUGCUGAAGAAUCUUAACAGAUUCGUGUCCCGCUACCGCCUCGUGGUGUCCAACUUGCCGCCGCACUGCGACGACGCGGCGCUGCGCUCGCUGUGCGCACGCGCAGCGGGCCGGCACGCGGAGCUGGCGGGCGCGCGCGUCAUGCGCGACCUGCGGGCGCCGCCCGACCGCAACGGGAAGCACCCGUCGAAAGGGUACGGUUUCGUGAUGUUCACGCGACAUGAAGACGCACUAACCUGUCUGCGUAAACUAAACAACAACCCGGACAUAUUCGACAAGAAUAAUAGACCGAUCGUAUCGUUCUCAAUUGAAGACCGUACAGCAUUGAACGCGAGGAAGAAGCGUCUAGAGAAGUCUAUAGCCAACAACCCACUCGCCAAAAAGGAGGGUACCGGCAAACAAGACAACCAAGCGGAAGGCAAGAAGAGGAUAAACAGAAAGAGAAAGCUAUCUGUGCCCGAUGAGAGUUAUUUGAAGAAGAAGAGAUUUGAGAAGAAUAAUGAGAAAGAUUCGAGUAUCGGCAAGUUUGUGAGGAGGCCGGUUGAAGACGAAUACACAGGGUUGACAUCGAAAGAGGGUAGUCAGCAUAAAAUGAGGAGCAAUUUUAAAUUGCGCGCGCAGGCGGACGUGCACAGGCAGAAUGUGAAAAUGGACAAGAAGAAUAAUUGGCGGGCGAAGAAGCUGAAGAAGGCCAUGAGGGAGAGGGUGAAACAGCCCAAACAGAGGGUGAAUAAGGAGGGGGGUAAAAAGAAGAGGAGGAAAGCGCCACAUCAUAAGACUGGCACCAUGAAUAUACACUGAAAUUUUUAAUUAAACAUACAUAUGGUCUCACGUCUAUAUCCCUUGCGGGGUAGACAGGGCCAACAGUCUUGAAAAGACUGAAUGGCCAUGUUCAGCUAUUUGGCUAACUGAUAGAAUUGAGAUUCAAAUAGUGACAGGUUGCUAACCCAUCGCCUAAAAAAGAAUGCCGAGUUUGUAAGCCUAUCCCUUAGUCGCCUUUUACGACAUACAUGGGAAAGAGAUGGAGUGGUCCUAUUAUUUUUUGUAUUGGCGCCGGGAACCACACGGCACAAAUAUAAUUAAAUAUAUUUUCUAUUUUUUCCUUUCUUCCACGCUUUUCUGGGAGCAAAUAAAAAACAUAGUGUGUGCCAGCCGCUUCACUUCCCGAGUAGAUAAGAUAGAAAAGGCUAAUAAAUUUGAGCUUCUUUUAGGCAUUGAGCUAGCAACCAACUAUUUGCAUGUUAAUUCCAUCAUUAGGCCAUACAGCUGAACGUGGCUCAGUCAUAUAAGUGUAUUUUCGAUCGACCCCUUGCUUCGGGGCCUAAAAGGUCAUCGUUUGGGGUGAUAAGUUACGGACUGUAUAAGUUUAAACUUUUGUUAAUAAAUAAUA